AUGCUGAAGUUCCGUGUGGACAGGAGAGUAAGUCAACAUGACACCAGUGGACCAGCUGGACCAGGAAUGAACACAAUCCAGCUGCAAGAAACUGCACAAAUACACACCGAUCUGCAGGGCUGUGAUUUGAUGAUGAAAGGGAAAGUGAACACUGCUACUGAGAAAAGCAAUCAGACUAAAAGUACAAACAUGGUGUCAGACCUGCCUCAAGAAGUCCAACCUUGCGCGAGGACGUCGCGAACACCAAGGAAAGCAGCUACAUUUGGGAAGCGCUCUAACUCCAUGCGCAGGAAUCCUAAAGCAGAAGUCACCAAAGCAGGAUGGCUGUAUAAGCAGGCAAGUACUGGAGUUAAACAGUGGAACAAGCGUUGGUUUGUCCUCUCUGACAGAUGUCUGUUCUACUACAAAGAUGAAAAGGAGGACACUGUGUUAGGGAGUUUGCCUCUGCUAAGUUUCCAGAUUGGUGGAGUACAGCCUUUGGAUAACAUCACCCGCAAGUUUGCCUUUAAGGUGUGGUUGGAAGAGGAACAGGACGAAAAUGACGAGUUGAAUACUCCUGCUGUGUUUUGCGUCCAGGCAGAACAUGCUGGAACAAGAACAUAUUACUUCAGCACAGACAGCUAUGAAGAGCAGAGGGAGUGGAUCACAGCCAUGAGCGAGGCUGCGGAGGUCAACGUUAAUCCAUCACAAAGAUCAAACACGGCUAUCACAGCUGAGCAGCCCAUGGUUAUGAGAGACACUGACAUGCAAAUAGAAUUGAAACAACAGACAGCACCUAGCGGAAAUGACAAUGGGGUUGACAACUUGGAAACACCCCCACUAUCAACCACUUGCUCUGAUCAUGACAAAGUGCACAAAAAUGGGAGAGAAGGAGAUGGCGGAGGAAAAACCGAAGAUGAAGGUGGGGGGCCUGGCUAUUCUCAAACAAACCACAAUCCAAACGGUUGGAGCAGUCAUUUUCCUCCCAGUGUCAAACCCCAAAACUAUGACAGCAAACCAACUCAUUCUCAAAAUCACAGCACUUGUACACCUGAAAGAAAACCAGAAGGAGUUGUCAACCCACCAAAGGAACAGCACCAGAAUGUAGUGCUGAGGAGGGGUUUUGUUCCGAGAACUGCCCCUGAGAAAGUGGCCCAAAGGAAAAGUUCAAUGGCACAACUACAGCAUUGGGUUAACCAGCGACGAGUCAUGGUGUCACAGGAGGACAUCAAUAGCCCUUCCCAUUAUUACCCAGUGAGCCAAGGAUUCAAUUACUAUGGCUACCCUAGUGGACCCCAGUAUUUGGAGGAGUACCCGCUGUACCCACCAGGUGUUCGACCUGACAGCAUUUGUUCCGUCUCUGCUGUGGGGGGAUAUGACCACCGCUGGGCUGUUGAGGAAAAACGCCGCUCAAUGAGGGAUGGGCCUCACCAUUUGUAUGGUCCGCCAACCCCUAGGGACUCUUGGGGACCACAAUACUACAGUGGAGUUGAGAAGUCUAUGAGACGUCUUUCCAUCCAGCCGCGUUCCAGAUCUGUGCCCAGGUCACCAUCCUUGUCCUCUGCGGGGGUCUAUUCACCAGUAUCACACAAUUUUGCCUCACCGGCUCGAUCCCCAUCUGCACGCUUUGACCGAUAUUCGGGGCGGAUGAGAGAUGAUGUAAUCUAUGCUGAUCCAUCGGUCUAUAACCUAAGGAGAUCACUCAGCUCGCCAAAGUAUGACCACUCUGGUGAUAGGAGGUCCAUAAAUCAAGGAUUUUACCACCACAACUACCCUGUAUCCCCUUCCAUCCACAAUAAAAUGGACGACAUAUUAGAUCUCCAGCUCCAACGCAACUUGGAUUAUUUAGACCAGCAGCUAAAUCUUCAGGUACUGGAGGGAAGCCGGUUAAUUGGUACUAUGGUUACCCGAAGGGUGGAGAGGUCCUCCUCAGCAGCAAAGCUCUGUAUACAAGUGCCUCCUUUCCAUGACGUCUACAGAGAGUUACAUCCAACACUGAAGCUAAAUGAAAUUGAAACAAGCAAACUCUUGGGCCGGCUGUGUGAGCAGAAUCACAUUGUGAAAGAUCACGAAGCAGUGGUCCACAGACUGCGAAUGGACAAGGACAGCCUUGAGGAGGCAUUGGUGGCUACUCAUCAAGAAAUGGAGAAGUACCAUAACCAGCCUGGGGCAAUGGAAAAGCUACGUUUCAAAAAAGAAACCCUACAAAACCAGCUAAUCAACAUCAGAGGGGAGCUCUCCCAUGCCUCAAAUGCUUUAACUACCACUCGUAUGGAAUUUGAAGCAUUAGAGGAUGAGGCUCAUGCCAUUCAUGGAGAUCUAUGGGAACAACUUAAUGCAGGCGUGCAGAGUGAAUUGGUUCGAAGGCACAUACAGAAAGAGUUUUGGAGAGUCCAGGAUGUUUUAGAGGGUCUACACAAAAGUCAUUCAUCAAGAGGCACAGAUACAGCAAAGCACAAAGUGGCCAGUGGUGCUUCAGGCUCCUUUAGCACCAAUAGUCCAGCCAGUCCCCUCAGCUCAGUAAGCCUCACCAGCCCUCUCAGCCCCUAUUCCCCAGUGCCUGGCUCCCAGGUUUCUCCCUCUAAACAGCUGGGGCCGGAGGAAAGUGCACCCCCAAGGCCCCCCCUUCCCAAGUCCUAUUACCCUUUGGAUCCUUCCUCCACCUUUCCCCCCUCAAUUCCCCCCUUGCCCUUUGACAGCACCAUCUGGCUACGCAGCUUGGGCAUCGAUGAUGGUUACUAUGAUGUUGAAGAUUCUUGCAUCAGAAAGAUUAAGUUCGGAGAGCAGAACAAUAUGAGUGAUCCACAAGACCAAGGCCUGGAAAGGCAAUCAACCAUGAAUAAAGUUGGUAUUGUCCCUCCAAGAACCAAGUCACCUGCUGACGACUCAUCUAACUGGUCUGGUGGAGUUUCCCGUCAUAAUGGCAGAAUGCCUAAUGGGAUUUCGAGGGAGCGUCCAAAAAGUGCUGUGUUUCCAGCUGAGCUUAGGUCCAAGAUGAGUGUGGAGGAACAAAAUGAACGGAUCCGUCGCAACCAGAGCAGUUCAGUACGGGACAAAAGGAGGAGUCUUAAUCUUUCAGGCGGCCAGUCACCGGCGAGCUACAGAGUGAUUCGACGAAGGGUAACAGCUCAUGAGAUUGACAUCAAGGAUUUAGAAGCAGCAGUCAGAGGACAGGGACUGGAGUCACCUCGUGAGGAAAUUGCUCGCUUGAGACGGUUAGAGCUUGAACCAGAACAGUAUGACCUGGACCUGAACAAAGAACUAAUGGCUCCUGACAAGGUUGUUAUCCCAGAACGCUAUCUGGAUAUGGACGAUAACACCCCCCUGAGCCCUGAGGAGCAGAAAGAAAAGCAGAAGAAACUUGAGCGGAUCAAGACCCUGAUUGCCAAAUCCAAUCUGCAAAAUGUUGUUCCUGUCCUGGAUGGCCCUGUAGAGGGUGGAACUCCUGUCAAUUCUCAGCAGCAAUUGCAGGAGCAAGAGAAACGCAUUGAGAUCUCCUGUGCUUUGGCUGCUGAAGCCUCACGACGCAGCCGCCUUCUCUCAGCCCAGUGUGCCCCAGAUCCCCCCACACCCCCAACCAGCCUGCACCCUCCCCCCUCCUCUGCUGACUUCCCUACCUCCUCAUUAUGA